AUGGGUGAGGACACAACUGUUCUCUGGGAAGCGAUCUUUGCCCGGCAGUACGAGAGCUUGUGCAGUUGGUUGCGCUACCCAGAUUCUGGGUCAGUAGAACAGAGUUGCCUCUUCAAAGUUGAUGAAUAUGGAUUCUUCAUCUACUAUAAGAGCGAAGGCAGAGAGGGGCAGGUGUUGGAAUUAUCCCAAAUCAAUGAUGUACGGAAGGGUAUUGCACCAAAGGAUGUGGGAUACUUGGCUAAAGUUGGUUCCAUCCUUGACCCGUUUGGGAGGGGGAACAUUGAAGAUCGCACCAUUACCAUCUGCAGCGGCUUGGACUUUGUCAACAUUAACUACAUGCACAUGGUUGCAAGCACACCUGAGAUAGCACAGGUGUGGUUUGAUGGAUUACUUACAAUCACUCACAAUGUCAAAGCUAACAAUGUGUGUCCAAUGCAGAGUUUAAAGAAACACUGGAUGAAAAUUUGCUUUCAAGUCAACCCCAACGGCAGAAUACCAGUACGGAAUCUCACAAGAACGUUUGCAUCGGGCAAGACAGAGAAGAUUGUCUUCAAGUCGCUGGAUGAGCUAGGACUUCCCUCGGGCAAGGGUAAAAUGAACUGA